AUGCUUCGCCUAAUGGAUGAUCACGCUAUGCUUCUGUACGAACGUAAAUAUAUUGGUACACCGAAUGUUUUGGACGCUAAUGCAAACAUCAACAGAGAUAAUUUUCCUCUGUUUCGAGCCAUUUUGUGUGGAGCUCUCUUCCCAAACAUCCUCCGGCUGGUCCCGAAAUCCAAAGGCGAAAAGGUCACUCAGCCGCGUGUAUUGGCGCGUCCGUCAGAAGGUAAAAUCAGCGUAUGCUCCCGGUCAGUCAACGGGAACGUCUGCCCCGUGGACCCGGUGUGGAUGGUAUACUACAAUAAAACUCAGCUGGACAACAUGUCAUGUCCCCUGGCUCUCGAUACGACAAUCAUCCCGCUUCGUCCAAUAUUGUUCUUCGCCGGAAUGAUAAGACCAAAGCCCAACUCCAAUUUUUUCGAAGUGGACGGUUGGAUUGAUAUCCAGGCGCCAACCGAACUUAUCCGGACUAUCGAAGACUUGCGUACAUGUUUGGAUUCGAUUCUAAAAUCAAAGUUCCGAAAUCCGGGAGUCACCGACUGGGAUCAGUCUUCAGUCGAGGGCCGAGUGUUACAAACGAUUAUAGACCUUUUGGUGAGUGAGAAGGUCACGGAAAUUCAAACUAAGAGAUAUCCAUGGGAAAAGAACGACCUCCGCAUGAUGCCUGAUGAGGCCAAAGGGAACGUGACACGAAUUAAUUCGCCCGCACCACCAAAUUUAUCCAGUUAG